AUGGGGGAUGAAUUAUCGGAAAAACUUAAAAAGUUCAGGCUCUCGGAAAAAGAAGUGAACGGGCUAGAAAUUUCGGAGGAUGAUUUUGAAGUUGAUCUAAGAGACUGCAAACUUAGUUUGAUUGGAAAAAUUUACGGCGAGAAAAAAGCUAAUUUUGGGGGACUCAAGACCACAUUGAGUAAUAUAUGGAGUACGGAAGCCCCUUUUACAGUGAGAAGCAUUGGUGCUAAUCUAUUCCAAUUCAUCUUUCAGAAGGUUGAAGACAAGGAUAAAAUACUCUUGGGGAAGAGCUGGACUUUUGAUGGACAGUAUAUCAUCCUUAAAGAGUGGAAUCCGAAUAAUACUGAGUUCUUAGAAGACGAUGAGAAGAUAAAACUGUGUGUGCAGAUUCAUGAUCUUCCUCUCCACUUGCUUACAUUUGACAUAGGGUUGAAGAUUGGAGGUAUCAUUGGAACAGUGUUGGAUGUGUUGGUCCCAAAUUCUACCAGUGUCAUUGGAAGAAUCCUCAGAGUCCUUGUGGAAUUCAAUCUCAAAGACAAACUGUUAAGGGGAACAAAUAUUAAACUUGGAGCCGACAACAAAUGGGUAGAGUUCAGGUACGAAAAUCUCCAAUCUUUUUGCUUUUAUUGUGGUCGCAUUGGUCAUACUGAUAGAAAUUGUGCUAAUAAAAAAGAGGACAUUAGUCGGAAAAUGCUUAACUUAGGUCAAUACGGUGAAUGGUUAAGGGCUAGUUCUGGGUAUAUGGGGGAUUUUAAAAGUUCUAAACCCAUGGAGUCAGGGGGCUCUAAGGGUCAGGACAAGCCUAAUGAUAAUUUGGUUGAAUCUUUUGAUGUGGCUGAUAAAUCUAAAGCUCACAGUCCCCAGGUUGAUAGGGAUAAUGAUCUCAUGGGGCUGGAGAGUGAGACAAGGUCUCCUUCUCCCAAUGGGACAGGACCUCUGGUUGAGACCAAUCAUGUUGAUUUAAUCCCAGAGGUUCACCCUUUGAGUGGCAACUCUGAUAUUGAUCAGGAUAAUCCUCUUCUUCUGACUGAAGGGAGCACUCAGCAUCUUUCCAUUGGAAAAUCUGCAGUGGCUAAAAAAAGGAAACCUAUCUUGAGAAAGGUUAAACCAACUUCUGUGCUUAUGGAAGUUGAUGCAGGGGAAACCCUUGCCACUGUCCCCCUUAAGUCCAGAUCUUUGGCUAAGAGAAGAAAGACCAACAGUCUUGAGAACCUCAGGAAUUCAAGAGGUGCUCAUGCUGGUGUGGCUGAUGUUCCUGCUGAAGAGGAGGCAGCUGGUAAGGGUUUUAGGGAACUGGGAAGGGUAGGUCAGUGGAGUUUAACUGUCAGUGCCCAUUUUGAUCCUUAUGCUCAGAUUGCUGUUCAUUGCCAGGCCUUUUGUGAAGGAAAACCUGAUGUCCACUUCCAAGAGAUUCUAUGGUGUCCCAGCCAGGAGGAGUCAUUAUGGUUGAUGGCUGUGAGAGGAGUUCUGUUAAAAGCUAAAAACUUGGGAUGGACCUCUAUCAAUUGUGGUCUGAGCAAUAAGCUACUUGUGGAAUAG